GCCUUUGGCCAUUGGUCAGGAAUGUUUUUGUGGUGCGAGUUAUCAUGGGUCAUUCAUCAGUUUACAUGGUCAUGGUUAAAGCCAGAAAGAGCAGCUUCAAAGCAGUAAAUCAGGUUUAGGCAUACCUGGCGGUUGAGGAACGUUGACAGCCUCUACAUUUUCCCCCCAGGCCACCACUCCCUCUGCUGCUGUUAUUUUCACUUCCAAACCUUUGGUCUACCUCCUCUCCUCCCAUUCCACCCCCUUCCGCUUUUACACAACUGAUCUUCACUUCUUCAAGAGACUCAGCUUAUUUGUGUCGAGGACCCUAAAGUUCUAGGACUGAAGACAAGGUUUUUUAGUUGGACUUCAGGUGAAGGGUACGCGAUGCGGCCACCCACGUUGACCCUGGAUCUGCUCCUGCUGAUCAGCUUGUUGAUCUACACCCGUGGAGAGCAAGCGUCUUACAGACCUCAGAGUUGCACACUUGAAUGCAUCCGUCGGGGGGACCCAAAAUGUGAAUACUGCAGAAUCACAACAGACGAUGUGCAGGUUUCUACCAUUGUUCCUUUUUCCAGUCCUUUUGGAAGUUGUGUCCCUUGGCCUUGUCACUCAUUUCUAGGGCAGGAAUCUCCAGAUGUCUGCCAGCAUUAUGUUCAUGCACCUCACAAUAUUAACAUCGAGUUUGAACACAAUGAAGAGCCAACAUACGAUACUGUUACGGUGUCAUGGAACCCCAGCCAAUACGGAAUUGCGUUCUUGCGUGGAUUUCAAGUAACGCUUCAGGUUCUUGGUGGAUCUCAAAUAUUAUGUCAGCUUUUUCUCCUGGGAAGCAAUUUAUCUCUCACCCCUGCUGAUGCACAGAGGGUUUAUUACUCCGAUCCCUUCACGCGUCUGUUCUUGGAUAGGGAGUAUGUUGUGACUGUCAUGGCACUGCCCGUUCCUGAACGGUGGAACCAGUUCUAUCAGAAGAAACAGUUCUUCACCCAGACAUGUCCUGAAAAAAAUGGACUUGAAAAAUGUAAGAAAGACUGGCAUCCCACAUACGUUGAGGUCCACCAGGACAACCGGGACGUUUAUGUGACCUUUAACCUUGCUCCUGAGAACUUUGGAGUUCGUCAGUAUUUUUCGUCAUGUUUUGGAGGCGGACGACGGAACUACACGAGCAUUAAACCAGAUUUUAGUCUUAACAAGACACACCACACAUACCGUUUGCAGAAUCUCCAAGCAGGUACAAACUACUCUUGUGAGAUUGCAGCUGAUGUUGUGGAUGCUGUCAGAAAAACAUUUCUGGUUGUAGUUAAUCGUAACUUUGAAGAGCUGCCGGCUUCACGGUUGACCGACAGCCCUUCACUGAUGGUGCUGCUGUCUCUAGGAGCCCUGCUGUCUGCAACAGCAGUGCUCGCCUUCAGCAUUUUCUACAAGAAAAGACUGAAAAAGAAAAAGGCCCUGACCAAAUUGAGACCAGAGAUCGCAGAACAGUACUACGAUAAAAAAACAGACAGCGAAGGACAAUGUGUUUUAUUGGACAAAAGCAUGCGCCCCCCUCGCCUCCUGAUCUGCUACUCUAGUAAUGAUGGUCCUGCACACGUCAGGGUCGUGCUGCAGCUGGCUGCUUUUCUGCAAAGGCACAUGGCCACUCAAGUGCAUUUGGACCUGUGGGAGGCCCUGGGUAUCAUGGAGGAGGGCAUUAUGGGUUGGCAUUGCAGGAGAAUGAAGGAGUGUGACUUUGUGCUAGUCAUCUGCUCUCGCGGUCUCCUUCAGAACCAGAUCAACCAGUCUGAGGAUGAGGAACCGCUGGAGAACACAACCUUAGCUGUGGUUUCUAUGAUCGGAGAAGAGCUAUGCCGUGCUAAAGCUCUGGGUCAAGACCUUUCCAAAUACAUGGUGGCCAUAUUCGAGUACUCGCAAGAGUCCGAUAUCCCAGCAGCGCUGAGUCUGGCUUCAAGAUACAUCCUGACUAAAGACUUGACUUUGCUCUUCUCUCAUCUUCACAGAGUGGCUUUGCAGAAGCCUGGAGUUUACCUGCAGGUGGAGAACAUUUCGCAAAGUGGCUACUACAAACUGCCGGCUGGAGCUACACUACAGCUGGCCAUCCAGGAAGCCAAAGCACAGUUCUCUGAGGAGCAGUGUGAAGGAAAUCCAAUCAUUUCAUAAGGACGGCAGUAAUUCAUGCAAUUAUAACACCGUAAUGCAACACCCAAUGCAUGUCCAUUUAAAAGUAUAAUCCAUAUGAUAAGCUACUUUUCCACAAUCAUUCUUAAUGGUUGUCAGAUAUUUGAAUGGUUCCAGUCAUAUUUGGACUUGAGCCUGGUAUGAUGCAGCACAAUUACAAACCAUUCUCAACCAGGAAUGUUCUUGCUAUUUACUUCUAGGUACUACAUCUUAAUUUACUUCUCAAGCAUUCAAAAGUGCAUUCUGUAUAGUAUUAAUAAUAUGAAUGGAAUUCUGACGUACUGUUUCCACCAUUUGUCAUUAUCACAUUCAAUUCAAAUUAUUUGUAUAGCGCUUUUCACAAUAAUUAUAGUUUCAAAGCAGCUUUACAAAAAGUGCAUAUUACUGCAUUACAAUCAAAUUUGGAGCAGAUAAGGUUGUUAGUUACCAUAACUUUAUUAGUUACUAAUACCUUUAACUAAUUAGCUAGUACAUAAUAGCUUUUUCUAUAUAAAUAAAUAUAUAUAUAUAUAUAUAAAACAUGACAUGACCUGCCUACAGUUAGGUCCAUAAAUCUUGGGACAUCGACACAAUUCUAACAUUUUUGUCUCUUACACAAACACGAUCAAUUUGAACAAGAUGUACUUUAACUGCAGACUGUCAGCUUUAAUUUGAUGGUAUUUACAUCCAAAUCAGGUGAACGCUGUAGGAAUUACAACAGUUUGCAUAUGUGCUUCCCACUUGUUAAGGGUCCAAAAGUACUUGGACAAUUGGCUUCUAAGCUGUUCCGUGGCCAGGUGUGUGUAAUUUCCCCAUUAUCCCAAUUACAAUGAGCUGAUAAAAGGUCCAGAGUUCAUUUCAAGUGUGCUAUUCGCAUUUGGAAUCUGUUAGUCAACUCUCAAGAUAAGAUCCAAAGAGCUGUCACUAUCAGUCAAGAAAGCAAUCAAUAGGCUUGAAUAGAAAAAACAAAACAAACUCAUCAGAUAGAUAUCAGAAACAUCAGCCGUGGACAAAACAACUGUUUGGAACGUUCUUAAAAAGAAAGAGCACACCAGUAAGCUCAGCAACACCAAAACCCCCGGAAGAUCACGGAAACAACAAAUGUGGUGGACGACCAAUGUAUUCUUUCUCUGGUGAAGAAAACACCCAACAACAGUUGGCGUGAUCAAGAACACUCUCCAGGAGGUAGGUGUAUUUGUGUCAAAGUCAACAAUCAAGAGAAGGGUGAAAACAGAGGUUUCACCACAAGAUGUAAACCAUUGGUCAGCCUCAAAAACAGGAAGGCCAGAUUAGAGUUCUAAAAAAAGCCUUUACAGUGCUGGAACAACAUCCUAUGGACAGAUAAGAUCUAGAUGUGAAGAGAAGAGUAUGGAGAAGGACAGGAACUACUCAUGAUCCUAAGCAGUGAAGCAUGGUGGUAGUAGUGGCAUGGCGUGGGCAUGUAUGGCUGUCAAUGGAACAUGUUCUCUUGUAUUUAUUGAUGAUGUGACCGAUGAUAAAAGCAGCAGGAUGAAUUCUGAAAUGUUUCAGCCAAUAUUUUCAGCUCAUAUUAAGCCAAAUGCUUCAGAACUCUUUGGAUUGGAUGGUGCUUCACAGUGCAGAUGGAGAAUGACCCAAAGCGUACUGCAAAAGCAACCAAAGAGUUUUUGAAGGGAAAGAAGUGGAAUGUUAUGCAAUGGCCACCUGAUCUAAAUCCGAUUGAGCUUGCAAAUGACUUGCUGAAGACAAAACUGAAAAACAAGCAGGAACUGAAGACAGUUGCUGUAGAGGCCUGGCAGAGAACCACCAGGAUUGAAACCCAGCGUCUGGUGAUGUCUAUGCGUUCCAGACUUCAGGCUGUAAUUGACUGCAAAGGAUUUGCAACCUAGAAUUAAAAAGUGAAAGUUUGAUUCAUGAUUAUUAUACUGUCAAAUUACUUUUGGACCCUUAACAAGUGGGAGGCACAUAUGCAAACUGUUGUUAUUUCUAAAGCAUUCACCUAAUUUGUAUGUAAAUAGCCUCAAAUUAAAGCUGACAGGCAGCAGUUAAAACACAUUUCAAAUCCAUUGUGUUGAAGUAUACAGUCAAACAUGUUAGAAUUGUGUUGGACCUAACUGUAUGUCCGUUGCGUCAUUUCAUUCCCAUUCAUAAAUUCUCUCCCACGGCCUUAAGGGACAGUAGAUUGUCCUCACUUCAGAAUAUCACCGAAUGUAGUUGGUCAUCCAUGUACUUCUCAUAUUCUGUUUACUAUGAAUUCGGUAAUGCUACUUGGCUUAUUGACUAAUGUAGAGUGGAAGUAUGCAAUUUUGCAUCAUAUUUCUUUUUUUCUGUUUAUUAAUGAAAAAUUUAUCGUCCAUAUUACGUUACACAUGACAUGCAUUACCAAGCCAACAAGUGAUGUAUUUGUAUUACAUUCCAAAGAGAUCUGUUAUCAGCACCUCCGUGGAAAAGGAAAUCAUAUUUGUGUUGAUUGGGCCAGAUUCACAUGGAACAGAAUGGUUAAAGGUGCCUUAAAGUGCAUUGACUAAAUAAGUGAAACUCGGCAGAAAUGGUUUUAUGCUCAUUUAUAACCACAGGAAUUAACCCCUAGAAUGAAACGUUUGGUUUUGACCAUGUUUGAAGCAUUCUCUGAUGCUCUUUGGCUUGUGUCAGUGCCUGUGCGUGCUCUUUUGUGCUCUGUCUUGCUCACACACAGACAUUUAAUUUUGGAGAGAAAUGGUACAUUCCACUGGACAAGUGUGAAUUUUUAUCUGUGCAAAUCAUUAUAGGAUCGCAAACAAGCAAAGCUGAUGAUAAUCGGUUUCUUCUGGUGCACUUUGUUCGUAAAUCCACAAGUGUGUAAUUUAGGCACAGUUUCUUAGAAGAAAUCACACAUAGUCAAUGGAGGAAGGAAACUGACGCAAGAUAUACAUGACUCCGUUCAAAACCCUAUUCAGAAACCAGCCACAAUGUCAUGUAGGUUUCCUUAUGAAAACUUUCAGAACCCCUGAACAACCGCAUUGAUCAUGCACAGGAGUUUUCAAUGGACAAGUAAUUAAGAUUGUUGUGAAAGAGGGAAUCUGAAGUAUGUAGAGGUUGCUGAAAGCUGUGAAUGUUUGAUAUUUUUUUAUAUAAGCGUGUAUUUAUUAAGCAUUAUUUGCAUAGCUCCUGCUUCUUGAACGUUACAGUAAAUAUUCCAAGUAAUAGCAUGCUCUGUCAUUAGGUGUUUACCACAGAUUGAGAAGAAAAAACGCAAAAAAACAACAACUUUUUAUAUUAUUUAUUGCAUAUAAUUGACAUUAAACCCAGUUAUUUGUAUUUACUUUGGUCAUACUCUAAGGCAUGUUGGUUUCUUAAACGUUUGUGUGUGUGUGUGUGUGUGUGUGUGUUACGAUGCAACUGUUUGUAUUACAUGAAGGGAACAUUCUAUGUUUGUGUUUUGACAAAAUACCUCUUAAUGUCAGUGCAUGACGUGCAUUAUCAAAACACACAGCUAUUUAUGUCUUUAUUAUGUGUAAUCUUGUUCACACCACAGUUUAAACAGUUCUGCUGGGCAUCUGUUUUUUUUUAUAAAACCUAAACUUGCAUAAAUUGCUUAAGAAAAUUUAUGAUUAUGAUGUGUUUUGUGUGAAUAAAGUUUUAUUACUUUUAUUAAA